AUGACAGAUUUUUCUAGGCUAUCAUAUUUACUGGCAGGCACUUCGGAUCUGGCUGCUUUGCCCCCGCGCACAGUACCUUAUAAGCGAAUGAUGUCUAUUAACCCAAGAUCUGGUCAUCCAUAUUCAAGACAACGCCACGAUACUUGUAUUCCUAAAAAUGAUCUACAACCAAUAUCAUUUGAGUCUGAACACCCUGCUUUGCGACUAGGAUCUACAUCUGUUCCGUUCCGGAUGGAUUACACUUUCAAAAAUCUCGACGCACUUGGCGAAGGCAGUCGUUUUGUUAGAAAACAUGCCUCACCUUCCUCUUUCGUUUCACGCUACUCUUCAGAUUCAAGCAAUUCCUCAUUAAAUUCUGUUCGCAGUGCCAAUCCUUCUGCCUCCAAGUCCAAUCAACACAAGACAACUAACGGAAGUCAAGGUCAGUCGGAGCAGAUACGUCGAUCCAGAGAAUCUACAACAUUUGCUUUAAUUGAUUCGGCCUUGUCCAAACCUCCACUAGGCCAAAUCAGGGAUAUGCAUCUUCAGACUAAGUCCAGCUCCAAUGCUCUGAGUUCGACUGUUCCAUCGAGAACCACUAAGAAGGCUAAUCUUUCCGUUGUUCAUACUGUUGUGAGGUUCAGGGUUGAGGAAUAUUUAAUUGAUCUUCGUGAGCACAUGCAUCGACUCCUUGACAUCCUAUUUAAUAGUGCGUCUUCUACUUAUGAGGCUUCGAACAAGGAUCACCUCUCUGAUCUGCUCGGAUUAUCUAGGCUUCCUUGUUCAUCCAGUUGUGAAUUAUGUUAUCGGAUCGGGCAUCGAUUCGAUGCCUCUCGAUCACUCAGGCGACAUGAUAGUUGCAGGCAACAUCUUGCAAACAUUCCUCCCUCUGUACCUAACAAAUAUUCCGCCAGCCCCAAUAGUGUCUCUUCUGCUUCCCUCUCUUCUCACGUCGUUAAUCCUCAGUUUAGCGAUUGUCAUGGUGAUCCAACAGACAGGUCUUCUCCUGAGAUUCUUAGCGAGCGCGACGAAUCUAAUCUCAGCGAUGAAGCCACAAUUCCUUCUUCUGAAAAUGUUCAGGAUGUGACUGAAUUCCCCUUCAAAGUUGAUCACGAGGACAGGCGAGGCGCCGAUUAUGUCGAUGGCAAUUAUUGUUCAAGGCCUAAAGUACCUCCUCAAACGCACUCUCCCAACGGCUUCAGCAUCAGUAUUCACACUCUGCUAAGUCAA